AUGGCCAAGAAUAAACGAAGAGGGCAGAAGCCCAGGAAUGUGUUUCACAUAGCAAGCCAAAAAACCUUUAAGGCUAAAAGCAAAGCAAAGCCAGUCACUACAAGUCUUAAGAAGAUAAACAUUGUGAAUGAUGACAAAGUCAACAGAGUAAACAAAGCUUUCACAGAUAUACAAAAGGAGCUUGUACACUUCUCAAAAGGCCUUUCUCUUGAACCUCUGCACAAACAAUCGGUUGCCCACCAGCUGAAUGAAAAAGGACCAGUGAACGUUGAUGAAGCCACACAACUAAUGGCUCUGUUAUAG